UUCGUGAUGAGUCGGAUGAGGAGACGCGGUGGGACUCGCCGAGUACGAUGAGCAUCGAGGACGAACUGCCAGGAACGCCGUAUCGGCAGAAAUGGUUGGUGACUUGGGGGAGCGGGUGUCGCUGGUGUAGAGUACGAUUACGGGGGUUGGGAGACCCAGAUCAGACAAAGGGGACGCGGAGAAGACAGUGGUGUCGAUGGUUGCUAAUCGCUGUCGUUGUGUUGACGGUGCUUGGUACUAUCGCAGCAAUGUAAGAUCCUCUUAUACUCACCUCACCUCACCUCACCCCACCUUCCCAUACAAGCGGCUGACAUGGAUUAGCGUAUACACAUCUCUCGUUGCCGCCCUUCUCCACAACCUCACUCCCCCACCAAAUCACAGCGGUCUUGAGCACAUUGUUCAGAACUGGAGGGCGCCGGAUGCCAACGGUGCGUAUAAGUUUGCAUGGCGAGACGACUUCAGCCGCGACAUCGUGCCUAAGAAUUGCCACUCGCACAACGAUUACUCGCGCUCUGUACCGCUGUACAGCGCGCUUGCAGCGGGGUGUAUGAGUGUGGAAGCAGAUGUGUGGCUGGCCUCAGACGGAGAGCUGCUUGUCGGUCAUUCAUGGAAAACAACUACGCUCACGCGGACGUUGAGGACUUUGUAUCUGGAUCCGUUGGCGGCCAUCUUCGAGAAGCGGAAUGUAUCUCAGGCGUCCAUUCAGGAAAGAGAGGUUGGCGUUUUCGACGAGGAUGCAGAUGUCUCUGUUGUGUUGCUGAUCGACUUCAAGAGCGACGGGCAUGCAGUUUGGUCGGCUCUCCUUGCGCAGCUACAGCCUCUUCGCGACAGAGGUUGGCUCACGUACUAUGACGGCGAAAUGAUGCACCGCGGACCGCUUACCGUUGUGGGCACAGGCAGCACACCCUUCGAGCUCGUGCAGCGGAAUUCUACAAACCGCUUCGUCUUCUUCGAUGCCCCGCUUCUGUCUAUUUCUGACACCAGCUACAACUCUACGAAUUCAUAUUACGCCAGUGUCAGUCUAAAGGAUGCAGUUGGGAAGUUGUGGCUCAAUCGUUUGAGCACGAAGCAAGAACAGACGUUGGAAAGACAGAUCAAAACAACGGAAGAGAAGGGCUUAAAGAGCAGGUACUGGGAAACUCCGGGGUGGCCGAUAAGUGUGAGAGAUAUGCUGUGGUUCAAGUUCACAGAAUUAGGGGUCGGAGUUUUGAACGUUGAUGAUUUAGUGUCUGCUACGAGAUGGAAUUGGGAUUGGUGUGUUGUUGCUGGUUUGACGCUUUGUGGAAGGAGUUGAAGAGGCUAGCUCUGGUGGAUCAGACGUUUUCUGUAAGGUUAGAAUGAAUAAAGAAAAAAAUAUAGUUAUGGUGGCG